UCAUUAAUUUUGAUUGAAAAUCUUCACGUGAAUUUUAGAUACAAACCAAAAACUGUUAUGACUGUGUGAUUAGCUGUUACUGUGAAACAAAAUGGUUUUUUUAAAGAAGAAAUAAUUGCAGACAAAAUUUAUGUGGUUUAUUUGAAUAAUUUGUUUUUAACGCAAAAUUAAUUAUAUUAAUUAAUACACCAUGCAAUACUUGAGUGAAACACGUGUUAUCUCUCCCAGUCAUUAGGCCUAAAAUUAGUGACUGAUAAUUGUCAGCUUUGUAGUUGGGUCAGUAGAACAGUUAACUCUGCUUAACAGAGAUGGUUGAUGUUAAACGGUCUAUAUAUAUAUAUAUAUAUAUAAUUACAAAAUACAGAGAAGGUAGUUUUAAGCAAGCAUGGAGAUUUAAAUUUUUCACAGGGACUCAAAAUUUACACAUUGCAUCCCCCUGAUAAAGUCAUGCACAGGAGAUGCAUGCAUACAUGUCUUCCAAUUUUGCUUAAACUUCUUUCUCCUAGGCAUGACUUACAUGGGCUUUUCAGUACCAAAGCACACCUUGAUUGCUGGCUGCAGCCUGUGAACUUAGUGUGUGAGAGGUGUGUGCUUUGCUGAAGUAAGGGCUCAUUUGCUUGAUCACAUAGGAUAAAUGCUGUUCAUCACACCCUCUUCGUUGAUAGCAGCAUAGAGUUUGAGCUAAAGGGAACUAAAUCCCUGCACUAUAAAUGUGUUUCCUUGAAAUGAUGAACAAAGUAUUAAUGUAUUUGAAGUAAAUAGAAAUUGUCUGCCUCACAGGGUCUACAUCAGUGGUUUGUAAUGCUUUGCAGUGCAAAAACCCUUCUACUGGAUGAAUUUGGCAUAGUCAGGCUGCACAGGAGGUUUCAUCCUAUUUUCCUUUGUUUUAAUGGAUCUUUUUAACCAUUACAUUCAUGUGAUAUCCACAGUUUGGAAUGCCUUUUGACUCCUGUGGAUCUAUUAAUCUCCGUGUCUUGAGCAGCAAAGUUCAAGAUGCGCUACUGUAAUGUGAAAGUGCUGCAAGUUGAUUGACUAAAAUUAAGAACAUGGAAUAUAAUACAGAUGCAGUUGCUUGAACAUCGUUCCUUCCAGAGCAUAUAUUCUGCAGAUUGGCAGCCUGAAUGAUUGAUUGAUUGAUAAGCAACAUAUACAAGACUAAUACCACAAAAAAAUUUUAUCUGUUGCUGCUGUGUUUGAUGAAAGUGGUACAGAGUCACAUCUUCUGAAAUGCAGUUGAAAAAAAUGAGGGAAAUUUUACCAAGAUUGUACCCUGGCCAAGUUAAUGAUAGGAAUAAUUCCCUAACUACACCCCGAAAGCAAUCUUCUGAGGAUAAAACAAAUCCAUCAAAUGGGGAGGAUGACCAAAACUGCUGUUACCAAGGAACUGAGGCUGAGAACAAUAAAUUGUCACUGAUAAGCUGUAUAAAAUGCAGAAGUGUUCAGAAAAUUUCAGUGCAAGAUAUAGAGAAGUGUAAGAAGACUGGGUGGACUGAAGACAAAACUUUCAUCUGCAAGAAGUGCAGUCAUAUUGCACCACCAGCUUUCCAUUUUGUUCCCAAGGGUGCCAGUGCUGCAGACUUUAAAGAACAUGAAAGGAAAACCCCAAGUAAACCCCAGAAAACAUUUAAAGUAAAAAAUUUUUUGCCAGGUAAAUACUACUGUGAUAAAUGUAGAUUUUCAACAAAGGAUCCUUUACAAUAUAAAAAACAUGUAGGGCAACAUGAAGAAAUUAAGUUUUUUUGUUCCCACUGUAGUUAUGUAUCCUACACCAAAGGAGAAUUCCAGAGACAUUUGGUGAAACACACUGGAACUUUCCCAUAUCAGUGUGAGUACUGUGACUAUGGUGCUGUUAGACAUGACUAUAUAGUAAAGCAUACGAGAAGAGUACAUGAAACACCCACAAAACGGCUGUCGAAUACUCUCAUAAAACACAAGCAAAAGAAGCCGGGUCAAAGCACUUUAUGUAAAAAGCAGAAAUACAAUAAAAUUCCUUUUCAGAAUGAAUUUUUGAAUUUGUCUUCAAAUAUGGUUUGUGAAAUUCCAGGUAAAGCAACUAAAACAGUCUGUUCAUCUCAUAAUGUAGAAUGUAGUGUAAAUGCAGCGUCAGUCCAGGAUAAAACUGUGCUGGAGCCAUCUGAAAUGAGUGUAUGUGAGAAUCAAAGUGUGGAGGUUGAGGUGUAUUCUCCAAAAACAGAGCCUUUACAGCCUGGGAUGCCUUUAACAGUAAUUGCACCGUCUGAACUUGUAGUUCCUUCUAACUGUUUAGCUCAGAUAGUAGAGAUUAAAAUAGUGAAUGGAGCACAACAGCUGGUUCUUAAACUAAUUCCUAUGAAAGAAGCAACUUACAAAUCUGUGAACUGUGCUGAAGAGGAACUUGAGAGUCAAGGUAUAGAACGAUCUACAGAAGGAAAAAACCCAUCAUCUGUGUCUCAAAAUGACUUACUAACCACGGAAACGAAUGUAGACAAAUCAUCCAGUGUUAGUAACCAGCUUAAUUUGGAUAGUACGGAUGACAAAAAUUCUGAAUGUCUUUCUUCUUCUGAUUCUCAACUCUCAACCUGUAGCUCUGUAUCUAUACAGAGAGAAGAUGCAUCAAAAUUAUGCUUUCAUUUGGUGAAAGGUAUUGAUGUCCAUUCAGGUGUUAUAAAACUCUGUUCUCCAUCUCUAGUAAUGAACAGUACUGAAAAAAAAAGUGAUUUUAAAUCCUCAAGGGAUGAAGUAGAUAGAAAAAAUAAUUUCCAUUGUGAUUUGUAUCGUUAUGAAGAAGCUGAGGAUAUAAACCUUCAAAAAUAUGCUUCUGUUUCUGAAGAGAAAGGUUCCAAGAACAUUUCAUUAGAGGCUGCUCAGGAGAGCAAAAAUUAUUCUGCAGUCCUAAAAGAAAAGGAUACAUUGCCUGUGAAAAGGGAUGACAAAGAAUGUAAGAGUCCGCCAGUCAGCUCUACAGAAGCACAUUUAACUGGUAUGGGUUUUGAUAAAAAAUGUAUUACCUCUUCUGAGGCAGCAAAAAAAUUUCGCAUCACUAAAACUUCACCUUUUGAGGAUAUAACUUUAGGCUUUAGCAAAGUAAAGAGAGCUGAAACCAUAAGUCAAAAGAACAGUCAUCUUCUGGAAUCACUAGAACUACAGAAGAUGGAAAAUAAAGGCAGUCCUUCUGAAGGACCUGUUAUUUCAUCUGUAUUUUCUCUUAGCUCUGGGGCUGAAAACAUUCCAGAGGAUGCCAGAUGGGUUGACAAAACACGCAAUAAGAAGUCAGCAACAUUGCUGUGUAGAAAGAUUGCUCAGCUCAUGUCUGCUGCUGAAUCUAACAUGAAAUCCAUGCCUUUGAGAUGUCAAACUUCUCGUAAGAAGGUGCUUUUGGCUCAAGAAAGUUCAGCAAGUUGUGAGAGAGUUGUAUGUGCCACUGAAGCAGAACAGCCUGUAACUUUGUCUCAAGAGCAUAGUGGAAACAGUGUGAUUAGUAGCAAAGAACACAGUGAAGAUCAGCUGUUUACAUUUGCAAGAACAUCUAAAAACAGGGUGACUAAAAAUUCCCAUGUUGCUACUCCAGUCUUUAUCCCUAAAGGGACAAUGCUGAGAGUGCUGAAUGCUACUAGCAGUCAAAACUCAGACGGAAUAGAAAACAACCGUGAAACAUCAGCUCCUUCUGUGUAUUGCAAUGAAAUGUUUCUGCCUCGCCCAGUCCCCGUUAGUGUUUCUGAGACACUUAGUGAUAGUUUGCCAUGUUUGCCUAAUCAGAGUGAACCAAAUGCUGAGUCCCGAAGUAUAUCACUCAGGCAAAGACCAAAGCGAGAGGCAAGUGUUAAAAAUAAUAGCAAACAAACUGGUGUACUAUUUCAGAAAAGCAGUGAUGUGAGCAAGCAAAGUAAGCCCUAUUCAAAAAGUCAGUUAGGUCCCAAAAAUAAGGCAAAACAGGCAAGCUUCAGAGAACUUCCUAAAAGGAAAGCAAGAACUCAGUUGGACACCACGCCAAGUUCUGACAUGUCAUACCUGUUGACAGCAAGACGUCUUCGGCUUGUCCCUCUGAAAAGGAAUCAAUUGAUAAAAUGCCCUCGUCGUAACCAGCCAGUUGUGGUACUAAACCAUCCUGAUGUUGAUUCACCAGAGAUAAUUAAUGUCAUGAAGACUAUCAACAAGUAUAAAGGUCAAGUCCUGAAAGUAGUUCUGUCAGAAAGGACAAGUAGUUGUCUUGGUAUCAAACGUUAUCGAAAGCGUCUUACUCUUCAGAAUGCUGAGACAGGAAACCAAACAAAAAAGCAGAGUAUGCUAAAAAUGAAGCUAAAAAAGACCCAUAAAAACAACUACCAGGUAGUGGAAACCUCACCAGCUGAAACUCUUCAGUGUCUGUUUAAGUGUUGGUUUUGUGGAAGAGUGUAUAUGGACCAAGAAGAAUGGAUAAGUCAUGGACAGAGGCACUUAAUAGAGGCAACCAAGGGUUGGGAUGUUCUUUCUCUUCAAGCAAAAAACCAUUAAGUGAGAGACUAGCGGAGGUUUCCCCUCUUGUUUUUAAUGAGUGCCACUAACGUGCUUGGGAUGGAGGAUUGAAAUAACUGCUUUACUUUGCCAAAAGAUCUCCGCUGUUAGCAAAGUGGAAGAAGAGAGCGGAGUUAGAGAGAGAGAGAGAGAAGCUGAUAGCAAGGAUUAAGCACUACUUUGCACUCUCAUGCUUGAAAUUUGUAUUGGAGGUCAAUUUCAUCUGUUCCAUGGGAGAAAUUUGAAAAAGAUUUGCUAUGCAAACAUCUUUCUAGUUACCCUAGGAUACUGUGCUGUAACUGGUUCGUGCUAGGUCUCUGUGGAUUAAAGUCUUAGAUGGUGAGAGCUUUGUAAAUUUAACAGGAUUUAGUUUGCUUUAUUGCAGCAUGGUGUUUCAGAGAUCCAACAUGUGUACUGAAAAGCACCUUUGGUCCUCGGUGGACAGCAAGUGUAUAUCAUAGGUUUUAGUGGAAAACUAAGCACUAUCCAUAAAAAGUAAAAGUUAAAUGCAAGUGCUCUGUUUCAGUGAAAUAAAAACACUUCUACCGACUCCAGAGGAGAUACAAGGGUGUAAAUGAAAAAUCUGUGGAAUCAGUUACUCCUCACUAGGUCAGAUAGCACUAAAAAGAUGAAUUUUGUUUAGUACUUAGUCUUUGCUUAGCCUGUAUUGUGUAGAUGUGAAACAACAGAGCAGUCAGGGUUCUGUACCAUCAAGCCAGAAAUACAAUCAGGCUUGAGUUGAUAGGAACAAGAAGCACUUCUCUAUAUGGCCUCUAGGCUGUUCUGAAAUAGUAAUAGCCAAAUAUAAACCCUCUACCACCAUGUGUGAUAGAAUAUUUACAGAACUCAGCAUUUGGUUAGAACUCUAGUUAGUGAGCUUAUUUACAGAGGAACUCGCUGAAGAUGAAGACUUUUCAAAAUGAAAAGCCAUGUUGCACAGCUUUUACAUUGACAGUGUUGAAUCAGAUUUUCAGUGCAAUCUUUCAUUAUUCUUAAGAAUUUAGAUGUUGUUACAAUAUAUUUUUUGUAAGCCUCAAAUUCAUACAAGCAUGUGCCUAGUUACAGAUUAUGUCUAACAUAUACCUACUGACUUCAGUGCAGUGUGAACAUUGCUCAGUUGCUUAAACAAUUUUCUAAAUCAGGGCCAAAUUACAAGUUUUAGUGAAGAAGAGGAAUGGAUGACUGAAGUCUACUGUUUCUGUAUGUGUACUAUAGAUGUUUGUCUUCAUCUUGUCAAUUUUAAUUCAUUUUAGAAUCAUGUAGAAUGAAGUAUAUUGAAGCACAUACAAUUAAAAUAACUUCUUGCAAUUUUAGGAAUAAGAAUAUCAAUACUGACUCUAAUGCUGGAUGUGUGUUCUAUGUUUGAACUGGGACUUCUCUUGAAAAACUGGUAGUCCCUGACUCUUUUCACUGUUGGUGCAUUUUUGUAAACAGUUUAAGCUGGGAAUAUUUUUUAUAUACUCCAGCAGAUUAUACAUUGUUUUGAUAAAGUAUUUAUCAUGUCUGCAUUGCAAUACAGUGUUAAAAUCCUUCAGAUAGUUGGUGCUUUAAGUCAGAUUGUUUUUGUCAUGUACACAUUGAAAAUUUUUGUAUCAUUUGUAUCAGACUAGCCUAUUUCACAGAACAAACUUUGUUUUGCCUGUUUUGUCAAUAAUAAGGAAAUGACAGUUCUCAUUUUGUAUUCAAAUGGAAUUAUAUUUUUUUAGAUGGGUACACUAGAGGGUUUUUUUUUCACUUCAUAUACUUUGAUGCCAAACCUAACAGUGCUCUUUGCAUUUUCAAUGGUGAGAACAGUUUCUGUUUUAAAAUUCUGGCAUAUCAUACACAAUAAAUACUGAAAUGGUUAACAUAAAAAAAACCCAACAUGGUUAGAAUUCCUCCUUCGUUUUAACUCCUUCAGUCCAGGUUACUGUUUGAAUUAAUUUUGUUUCUGUAGAAGCUACUAAAUAAAUAGUUUUGAAUUUGCUUCGUAA